AUGGGACCGGCCCCGUCCCCGGCCAGAGCCCGGCUCGCAUCCAGCCUCCUCUGGGCGCUGCUGGGCGCGGCGCUGGGGGGCAGGCAGGAGACUUCGCUUGGCCAAGCCCUGGGCCUGAGCGCCAAGCCCGGCCCCCCGGUGCCCUCGCUGCUGUGGCGGAUCUUCCAGCGGAGGCAGCUGCAGCCCCCCGGGGCCAGCGCGCCGGACCGCGCCUGCCGGGUGGAGGAAUUGAACGUGCCUGGGAACAUCAUCCGCGUCUUGGCUGACCAAGGCCACUUCAUUCACAGUGGGGAGCCCAAGACUUUCCUGUGUCUGGAGAAACGUCUGUACUUUAAUUUCUCUGUGUUGGAGGCGGGGGAGCAACUGACAAUGGCUCAGCUGGAGAUCAACUUCAGCCACAACUCCUAUCACACUUCCAGUGGCGGGCAGAUCUUUGAGCUGCGGCUGUACCAAGCCCUGCAGAUGUCUCUGCGGGGAAUGGCCUCCCACAUGUACAACCACAAGCUGCUGGUGGCACAAUCCUUUGCACAGCUGCACAAGUCCCUCCUCUUCAACCUGACCGAAGUGGCAAAGGGCUGGCAAACCCCCAGCAAGAACCUGGGCUUGAUCCUGGAGAUCUCUGUGAGCAGCAGGGACAGCGCCAUGGCCUUGCCGCCCCGAAGGCUGCAGAACCUCUGUGCCAGCAUCGACUCCUUCCUUGACACCUCGCUGUUGGUGGUGUCCCUCAAUCAGAAGCAGUGCCAGGCCUCCAGGAAGAGGCGAAGUUCCUAUUAUACCCCAGUCACCCCAAGCAACCUCUGCAAGCCAAGGCGGCUUUACAUCAGCUUCAAUGACGUGGGCUGGGAGAACUGGAUCAUCGCGCCACAGGGAUACAUGGCCAACUACUGCCUUGGGGAAUGUCCCUUCCCACUGACAGCAGAACUUAAUAGCACCAACCACGCCAUCCUCCAGACUAUGGUGCACUCCCUUGACCCAGAAGGAACCCCCCAGCCCUGCUGCGUCCCAGUCAGGCUGUCCCCCAUCUCCAUCCUGUAUUAUGACAACCAUGAUAACGUGGUGCUGAGACACUAUGAGGACAUGGUGGUGGAUGAGUGUGGCUGCAGGUAAUGGAGCUCCUCAUCGAGAUGUGAAUAGGGAAUUGAAUGGGUCUCUGAGGGAACGGUCAGUGCCUGGAGUAACUGGGAUUUUUGAUGUAAUAGGUCAAAACAUAUUAAGUCUCCUUUGUGUGGGUGGGUAGGGACCCUCCCUUCCAUCCCUUGGUGCAGUUAAUGGCAGAACUACCCCUUUGACACAUUGUUGAAAAAUGCAGCCUCAAGGGGGGAGCUCUUGACUUCUGGCAUCAAGAGGAUAAUGCAGUUUGGGAUUCUAAUGUAAUGCUGAUUGGCUGGAGGCAUCAGACUUCCAAACUCCCUGGAGCCUUGCUGGGAACCUGGUGAAAUCUAACGCCUCCUCCCUCCCCCCCAUGUCCCCCAGUACUGAGCAGAGGAUGUUGGCACCAGCUCCUUAGUCCCAGCACUCCUCUCCCUCUGUCUCCUUCCUCAGUUCUGACCUGGAGGCACUGGUGCGGUGCAGUACUGUAUCGAUCCGUAUGGCUAGAGCUGGUGCCCAUGGCACUAAAGAAUGAGUUCUGCUGGCCCUUCAGUGCCCCGCAGGCCCUGCAGCUUAGCUUGCCCACACUUGCAGGAACAGUAGCAUUGUCCACCCUUGCUCUAAGGAGCAGCACGGCUGGAUUCUCAGCUUCUUGAGCUAAGUGGCAUGAGCCUAGCAUGGAUUUUUUUCCCCCCAGAACAGGAAGACAGUUUGACUAAAUUCUGCACUCUUUCCAGUGAGUGAAGAAAUGACCAGGGCUUCAGUUUGAUUGAGUUCUCUCCCCUCCACUGGGCUGUACUUCAACUAAAGUAUCACCUCUGUCUGGUGCCUGAUACCACAUUGCUCUUGAAAGGGCAUUACUGGUACCAGCUGUUAGAUGUCAGGACAGUGGGGCAUGGGGAAUUGAAGUGAAGUGUUUUCAGACUGAGAGCUCCUAGCAAUGUAAACAUGCCUUUUUGUGGUGAAGAGGUUGCCUAAGAGGUCAGGCUCUGGCUUUUGAAUAAGGCAAGAAUCCUGGCUUGGGAAAUUUGGCCUAAAUUUGUUUUUUUUAAGGGGCCAUCAAUUUUGGGUGUCCACUUUGAUUAAGGGGUGCUGAGCACUCACCAAUCCCACUGACUCAUUGCAGGGGGGUGGAGAAAUUUCAAAACAACUCAAAGACAAUUCAUUGAUUCUUUAAAAGUAUUACGUUACCCAUUGAGUGUGAAUCCAGUCUACGGCUGGCAAACAGGCAGAUGGCUGCAGAAAGCAGUAGAAAGAUGAAUAGACAAAAGUCUCCUUUUAAAAUGUGUUUUCAUCUUGAUUAUUGUCAGAGUUCUCUAGUAAUAGGGAAAGAAAAAUAUUCCCCUCUUCCUAAUAAUUGUCUUUCAUAAGUCAUGUUGCACUAGAUGAGCAGCCAGUGCCUAAACAUCAUCCUAGUGAAUAAAGGUGGGGUGGGGGGAAGAGAGAGGUAAAGCAGUGGCUUGCGCAAUUAUUUAAUGUACUAGCCUGGCACCUGUGGAGCACUGAGGACUUGGCUCAGUGAAAGUAGUUCAAUAGUCUCAUUUUAGCCUGAUGCCAGUUGACUCCAUAAGAGUUUAACACCAUUUGUAGCAGGAACUAGGACUACUUAGCCCUGUCCUUACUGCACUGUUUAGACAGAUUAUGUAUGUUAAGGCAUCAGAGGUAUCUCCAAUGGAUCUGUUGGACCAGCAGUGGCAGAUCAAGUUUGCUGUAUUCAAGUCAGUGGGGUGAGGACCCUCUCCCUCUUCAACACCUACAAUGACAGGUACAAGAUGAAAAACAGGAAAAGGGAUGACUUCUAAGUACAGAAUUUCACAGGGCUUCUUCAUAGCAGCAGUGCUCAGCCUGAAGGCCAGAGGAGCAGAGGCAGUUGAAGUUUGAGUAGGUCUCCCCCUGCACAACCACGCGCAGAGUGCAAGCCAGCCCU